AUGUGGUUUCGGCAGAGUCUUAUAACGCUGGCCUUAGUCGCCCCGGCCAUGCUAUCGGCGGUGUCGGCUACCAAGCAAGGCAAACCGAAGGCCUUCGAGUUGACCCUGACGUGGGAGAAGCAUGCGCCCGAUGGCUUCGAAAAGGAUAUGAUCCUAACCAACGGCCAAUUCCCCGGCCCGGUGCUCGAGAUGGAUUACGGGGACGACGUUGAAGUCACGGUGCACAACAAGAUGCCCUUCAACACCACGGUGCACUAUCACGGUAUUGAAAUGCUCCAAACUCCCUGGUCAGACGGUGUGCCCGGCCUCUCUCAGCGGCCGAUCCAACCCGGCGCAAGCUUCGUCUAUCGGUGGAAGGCCACGCAGGCCGGCUCAUACUGGUACCACUCGCACCAUCGCAGCCAGCUCAACGACGGCAUGUACGGCCCCAUCGUCAUACACCCCGAGGCCAGUGCCGCUAGGCCCUUUGACAAGAUCUCCAACCAGCCAGCGACUGUCCGCGCCAUGAAGCAGGCCGAGGCCAGCGUCAGACCUCUCGUGCUCUCAGACCACCGACACGUCACGUCGGAACGGGGGUGGGAGAUCAACGUGGCAUCCGGCCUCGAGACGCCCUGCUAUGACUCCAUCCUGAUCAACGGCAAAGGGCGGGUCGAAUGCUGGGCGCCCGAGAAGAUGGCCUCGUUGUAUACGGCUGAGCAGCGUCUGUUCCUACAGCUGGGCAAUAAGACGGCCUUCACCGCGAAGGGAUGCUUGCCGGCCUCUGUCAUUGCCAGCGUCCAGGCAAGGGGUAAGCAGACAAACCUGUCGGCUAUCCCCUCCGAAAUAUUUGAUGUAUGCACCGCCACCAAUGCCCCGCGCGAGGUCAUAGAAGUUAAGAAGACGCCCAGCGACAAGGAAACUUGGGUCGCUUUCGACCUCAUCGGUACCUUUGGCCUCAUCACAGGCCGCUUCUCUAUCGACGAACACCCGAUGCAGAUUUAUGCUGUCGACGGCAGCUACAUUGAGCCGCAAGAGGUCGAGGCUGUCGACAUUACUAACGGCGACCGCUACUCCGUCAUGGUUAAGCUGGACAAGCCGGGCGAUUUCACUAUGCGCAUGGUGUCCCUCACUAUGCCGCAGAUGUUCGCCGGCUACGCGACGCUGUCGUACCGCGACCCCAAAAAGGCACAGCCACCGAGCAAAGCGUCUAUAGCCUAUAUCAACGACGUUGGGGCCAACACAACGGCCAAUGUCCGCUUCUUCGACCAGGCCAAGAUGAAGGCGUUCCCGCCUGCACCUAUCGCGCCAAUUGCCGACCAGACGGUCAAGGUGUCGAUGCGAGUGGCUGGGCAGAGCUACAACUGGGCACUCAACGACACCAUUUACCCCAUGGGCCUCGACAAUGAGACACCGCUUCUAUUCCAGCCGGAUCCGGAGCGGCACAACAACGUCACAAUCACGACCAAGAACGGCACCUGGGUUGACCUCAUAUUCCAGGCCGCCGCCUUCCCCAUGCCUCCUCACCCGAUUCACAAGCACGGCAACAAGAUGUACCUGCUUGGGCAGGGCGACGGGCUCUUCAAGUGGAACAACGUCGCCGAGGCGGCCAAGGAGAUUCCAGGGAGCUUCAACUUUAUCGACCCCCCGCGGCGCGAUGGGUUCACCACACCGGCCGCUCUCCAAGCGCUCAGCUGGAUGGCGGUGCGGUACCAUGUUGAGAAUCCUGGUGCCUGGCUCCUGCACUGCCACGUCCAGAGUCAUCUUCAGGGCGGCAUGAGCAUGGCAAUUCAGGACGGCGUGGACCAGUGGGUAAAGGUGCCGCCCGAGUACUUGAACUAUUAG